AUGGACUCUCUUUCCGCUCUCGUCGCUCGUUUCGAAAAAGCGGUGGUCCAAAUGGAGACUCUGCUUCAGAAGAAUGGCGUUCCGACGCUCCUAACUGCACCGCCUGUCGUUCCGAAGACUGACGCGGUGGAGAUCGAUUCGCCGCCGAAACUUGUCAUUCUUUUCGACGAGGCUGUCGAUGGCAAAAUGUUCCUUUUUGUCAAGAUUUCAAAUGAACUUGGAGGAGACGUGGGCGAGGCCGCCGUUCUUGUGAGUCCUUCAUUUGGACAGAGAACUUGAAGAUUUUCAGAUCAAUUCUCUGUUCAACAUCAACCGUGAGGUGCUGUGGACGGCGUGCGGCAUCGAUAAUCCGAGUACGAGUCCUCUGAAAAUUCCGGACUUCUUCAACAAGCUGUUCUCCAAAAUCGGCGAGCUCGCCGCCUUCUCGACAAACAGACGGCGGGACUCGAAAUUUCCAAAUCAUUUGCGUGCUCUCGAGGACGUAGCAAUGGGUAUUGCGUCUUCUGGAAAAGCGGUAUUUAGAAUAACGAGAAUUUCCAGCAUUCUCGUGGAUCGGUUGUGAUCAGCCGGCUCCGCUGAUCACGGAAUACAUCAAUGCGGCCGUCUUCUACACUGAUCGAAUUCGGAAGGAAGAGAAGAUAAAAGACGAUCGACACGUCGAGUGGGUCGACGCUCUGAAGAGCUUGUUCAUCGCCCUUCGUGACUACGUCAAGGAGCAUCAUACGACCGGAAUGAGGUGGAAUACUCAUCCGGGAGCGAAGCCGAUCCAAAAGUCUCCCACUCUGACUACUGGAAAUGAUUCCUCGUCAGCCACGCCUCCUCCGCCGCCACCGCCGCCGCCAGCACCGUUUCAGUUCAAUGCAACCGAGGAAAUAAAGAUCAGCGAUCUUAUGAAGGAGCUGAACGCAGGAGACAAAGCGACGAGCCGUCUGAAGAGAGUGACUCCGGAGAUGCAAAACCACAAGAAUCGGGCACUCCGGUCGUCGGAAUUCAAAAAAAAGAGUUUGCACACUGUUCCGAAGGAGAAGUCAACCGUCCGCAAAGAUCCAGUUAUUCACUUUGACGGAAAGGUCUGGAAGGUCGAGCAUCAGAAGAAAAAUGAGAGUGUGGUUGUGGAAGUAAAGGAAACAAAGGAAUCGAUCUACGUUUUCGGAUGCACGCAUUCGAUGAUCAAAGUAGCAGAAUGAGCACCUUUAAGAACACUAAUUCUAAUUAUUACAGGUUUCUGGAAAAGCGAAUGGCAUCACCCUUGACGGAUGCGAUAAUGUCGUCGUUCUCUUCGAAAGCCUUGUUUCCCAGUUCGAGGUCAUCAACUCGCGCAAUAUCAAAGUUCAAGCUCUCGGAUCGCUUCCGACCGUCUCGAUUCAGAAGACGGACGGUUGCCACGUGUACCUGUCGCGAGAAGCUCGCUCCGCUCAGUUUGUGACCUCCAAAUCGAGCGAAAUGAACGUUUUCGCGCUGCUCGACGAAUCUGACAACGACUACACCGAGCUGCCGAUUCCGGAACAGUACACCACGUCCAUCGUCGGAAAGACACUGAAAACGGUGGUCUCGGACGAAUUUUAAUUGCAUUUAGCCGACUGUUUCCGAUCUUAUUGCUAUUCUCAAGUACUUGAAACGAUUGUUUUAUGUGAAUGAAAUGUUUAUCCCAGACUGCGAGACUUCUGAGGAAGCUUGGUGCUGGAAGGCCGCUUGCUAUUUCAUAAAAUCUUAUGGGGUUAUUCAGGCUGUGAAAAAAAUGAUUGUUUUCCGUUUUUUUUUCGUUUUUUUUUAACGUCAAAAUCCAAUUCAGCGAUGUAAAAAAACAGAAAACAAACAUACGCUGAAUAGCCCCAUUAUCCCUUCGAUUGGAACGUCUUCUUUCAGUUCGAGAUGGUGGACGUGCUGAUGAAUCGACAAUUGAUUUCGUCCCAAGGCAGCCAUCUGAUGGCCGGCGGACAGCUUCAGGAACAAACGAGAACUUCCAGUCUAAUGGUCUGGAAGUCAUAAAUACGUCGAACAUUUCUCGUUUUUUGCAGGCUCCAACAAUGGUGCUCCAAGGGCACGGCGGCGAGAUUUACUCUUCUCGUUUCAGUCCAGACGGCCUCUUUUUGGCCAGUGCCGGAUACGAUCAGCAGAUUUUUCUCUGGAAUGUUUACGAGAAUUGCGACAAUUUCGCUGUGCUCAAGGGGCACAAAGGCGCUGUGAUGGAUGUGAAAUUCAGCGCCGAUUCGACGUAAGAGUUCUGGGGCCAUUGUUGCCGGGCCGGUCCGUAAAUGUUCUUGAAAAGUAUAUAUUAUCACAGAAAAGCCCAACUAUGCCUAAAAAUACUCAAAUUUGGCAAUAAAGAAUUUUCAGGAAUUUUUGCUGUAUGUCUAGCCUUUUCCAAUCGCAUUUUCUGUCAUCACUUCCUCGGACGGUCCAUAUCGCCUCCCUUUACUGUUUUCCUGUUCGUUGUUUGCAGAGUAAAGCUCCGUGGGUAAAUGAUUUCCAUAUACGAGAAAGAAUCUAACCAUGACCAUAACCCCAUUUUUAUGUUAAUCUAUUCAUGUUUCCCUGUUUCUAUGGCCGUCCGAACGAAAAAAAAACGACGAAUGGACCAGAAAGACAAAUUGCUCGAUUGAAAAGAGCAGACGGUGUCGAGAAAAGACGAAGAGAAAUGGAGAGAGACCAUUUAUUUUAUUUUAUUUUUUGAAAUUGAGAAAGAGGGUACUAUUUUUCCCACGAUUUUCAGGCGACUCGUCUCCGGAAGUGUCGACAAAACGGUCCGUGUGUGGGACAUGGAGACCGGCGCGUGCAUACGAAACUUCAAAUCGCACACCGACUUUGUCAACGCCGUCGACGUCAACCGACGCGGACCGGAGAUGAUUUGCUCGGCGUCCGACGACGGAACCGCCAUGGUGAGUGAGAGCGCACCGAGUAUUCAUUAGGAACGGGCACUCGUUGACAGGUACACGACUUCCGAAGCAAGGAAGCCGUCAAAAAGUUCGGAAGCAAGUACCAGCAGACGGCUGUCACUUUCAACGAUCCGUCCGAUGAUGUUAUCUGCGGAGGAAUCGACAAUCAGAUCAAGGUGAGAACGGGGUAUUCCGUCAGAGCCCCGGAUUUGAGUGGGCUCGGCGAGAAUCUAAUUAAAGAAAAGUCCGCGGAGCACCUUCCUUCCACUCUCGCUCAUUUUGCUCAACUCUGUUCACAUUUCCGAUGCGUAAUUGGGCGUCUCUUUCUCUUCAUCGACAAUAUCAAUGCACCGGAAAUGUGUCAUGUUAAUUAGAUGUCGGAUGAGAAACGCAUUCUUUGGAUUUCCGCAAAAACGUUUUCAUCCGGUCCCAGUGACAAAAAUGGACGGCUCGGCGCGCAUUCUAAUCCUCGAAUAUCUAAAUCACGGGAGGUGCGAACAAGAAACGAAAAACAAAAAGAACAAGUGAACGUUUGCGAGUUUCGAGCUUUUCAGGUGUGGGAUAUGCGUCGCGAUGACAUCAAAUACGUGCUCUCCGGUCAUCGCGAUACGGUCACCUCGCUUUCCGUCAGCCACAAUGGCAACUUCCUGCUCUCAAACUCGAUGGAUUGUUCUUGUACGACCUCGCUUGAAAUAAUAAUAAUGCGGUAGUAAACUAAUCUAAACUUUUCAGUGAUGACGUGGGACGUCCGCCCGUUUGUGCCGGCACAACGUUUCAUAAACAAAUAUCAGGGGCUCGUCCAUAACUUUGAAAAGGUUUCACGAGCUGUCCUCUCUUUUUCCCCUCAACUUUCCCUUCCAGAACCUGCUGAAGUGUGGCUGGUCCCCCAGCGACAAGUACAUCACCGCCGGAUCUUCCGAUCGGUUCGCCUACGUCUGGAACGUCUCCACGCGUGCGCCCGUCUACAAACUUCCCGGACAUCUCGGCUCCGUUAACUGCACGGACCUCCAUCCAACUCAACAAAUCCGUGAGUUUCGCUUCGUCAUGCUGCACACGGACGGCCCUUCCGACGUUUCAUCGCACGUUCUAUUCGUCUCAGUUUUCUUUUCGCUAUUUUUCACGGGCGGCCCUUUUAAUUUCCGAUUGAGCUAGAGAAAGGAGGGAAGGACGCCGAAAAACAGCUGUACGGGGGAAGAGUGUAACAGCCGCGGAGGGCAAGUUCUUUCGAGAGUUCCGGAUCGAAACGCUGGUUAGACGGGCUAUUGUGUCUGAUAGUCACACAAAAGCGAGAAUAUCAACUCACCCUGAUUGCUGUGACCGAUUUUUUGUUUCCAUCCAAACAAGUUCUAUCGAUGAUGCAGACAAAAUGCUCAACGCAGUCAGAAUGUUGUGACAAGUCUGCACAAAGUCAGAACUCUUUCGAUUAAAAUUGCAUCGUUGGCGCAGAAGACAGGACACUUCAGGAUAACCUACACCUGCCGACUUGUAUUAUUGCGACACAACUUUUCAAAUGCCUAAAUUCCCAAUCACAUUACCUCGCUUUGUUUACACUGAACCGACAACGUUCUUUACUUUCUCGUGAAUUCGGGAGAAAACAAAAUUUUUCACCUAAAGUGAUCCGAAUAGCAUACUGCCUCGUUUCGACCAGAACAUUUGAAAUGAGCCCGACAUUAUUCGAAGUGUCUUCGUUCGUCAUAAUGGACGCUUGCUCUAAUAACACAUUGUUCUCUCUCGGCCUCAUAAAACCGAUCGUCCGUCGCCACUCUCCCUCAUUCUCUUUUCGGCCGCUCCCCUGCCUUUGUCACGCACACAUUUGGACCGUCUCGAUCACCGACAGCUGAUUGUUACGUGCUGUUCUUCGCAGAUGUUUCUCCCCGUCUCUGUAGAACCCGACUGAUGGCUGCCAACUAUGUUUCUCCUGCAACAGCAGUAGUCAUGACUGAUUACUAGCUCGCCCGUCGCUCUCUCUUUCUUUCUCUCUAUCUGCUCGAGGCCGUAAAUCCCCUCAGUUUUUCUUCCAGUUUCUCUCUCUCUCUCCUCCAAAUGUCCUUCGGGUCCGUUCUUCUUUUUAUUUUCCUGGUCGUCUCGUUCAAAAAAGCGAAUGCGUGCGUGUGCAAGUGCUCCGAAGCUGUCACUCUGCGCUCGCCGCCAGUGUUUCGUGGUCGCCGGUGCAGGCCGGAGGGCGCCAUUUUUGUGCGGCGGUCCCUCUCUCCGGCCGUAUCGCGCGUCGCCUCAACUCAGCAGCUGCCUUCUCCUCCCCGUCGCCCGUCCUUUUUCUCAGUUUUUAUUUCGAAUGCCCAUUCCUCUUUUGUGUGACGUGUACUUGUUUGAAAAGAGCCACGUCAUCCAUCGGUCGGAGCUACAUGAAAAAACUGAGAAUAAGUGCCUUCGUUGUUCUCGUCCUUUUUUCCUAGCCCAUCAAUCUCGUCGACACUUUAUUCCGUCUACAUUUCGUUUUUCCUUCGAGCCUCGUUAAUUGCGUCGAAAAGAUGGAUCUCUUCACAGCCUUGGUGCCAAUAUGCAAAUUAGUUGAGCGCCAAAUAUACGCGCCAAUGACUUAACUAACCCAACGUUCUGCGUUUAUAAUUGAGUUUUUCUGUUCCGUUCUUCUUUUCUGUGUGCUCCUUCCAUACCUGGCUCCGUGAGUCAUUGCGCAACUGUUGCGCAAGUGCUACAGUAUGCAUCCCUUGUCAAAUUAUGAUUCAUCGUACUUCAAACGGAGUGUUCAAUCGGAAGAAGAGAAGGUAGUGGCUGGGUGCAUUUGGGAAAGUGUCAUCUCGGAUGAAUCUGUGCAUAAAUGAUGUUAAUCGGUUGGAAAGUUGUGCUUCCUCCAAGUCGACGAAGAAGAAAAACAUGAAUGGAAUAUUUGAUGGUUUCACAAGAGUUGAUUCCGAAAGCUUCGCUCCCGAUGUUUUCCAUUAGUCAUCGUUUCGUUCGGCGCCAUUGUCUUCUGAAACAUUACGAAACGGCGGACGCGCCAAUGAAAUCAUGUAAAUGGGCACGAGCCGUUCCGUUUCGUAAAGCGAAACAUCCAUUAUUCAGUUCAUCAACGAUACCGUAAUCGCCUUCAAAGUGCCAAUUUUCAGUCCACCAAUGCACAGGUCGCUCUCCCAUUAGCUUCUUUUCCUUCCACUCCGACACUCUCAAACAUCGGUUAUUUUCGGCAUAUUUCGUAUGCCCUGUCCAUCCGUUGGUGUCUAUCCUGCUGAGUAAUACCCUCGACCGACAUAUAUCUUUAUUCCUAACAUUAUCUUUUCGGCACAAUACUCAUCAAUAAUUCCCUCUUUGGAUCCUAUCGUGCAUGUUGCACAACAUAAAACAUGCUAUUCGGUGAAAUUGGUCGCUUAGAAAGAAACGUAAAAAGGAAAGUUAUUUUUUGCCGUCGUCACACUCGCAACUGUCUGUUAUCAUCCGUUCAGAUCAAGAUUCCGGUGACUAAAAAACGGAAGAAAACAGAAAGAAUGCGAAAGGUCUGUGUUUGAAACUGACUAAUGCGUCGAGACGAAUCGACCUUGAAGUUGAGGCAGGCCAGUUCAACUCCUUUCUCUCUCUCUCUCUCUCUCUCUUCGAAUGGGCGCCGGCCCACAGGUGGCAGAUGCUCUCCUCGUGUUCCGCUCGCUUCCACAGAUGGAACGCACCUGUUGGGGCUGACACUAUUAGCACGCUUUUUUGUUUUCUAUUUCGACAUCGCUAUCAAACGCAAUUCGCAACGCUUACUCAUCGAUCUACUUUUUAAAGAAAAGUCCCAUGUCCCUAGAGACCGGCUGUGGUGAUAACAACAGUCGUUAUCAGCCGGCCGUCUGACCCUAUCAGCAAAUACCAAAGGGACUUGUUCGCGCGAUAAACACUUCCACAAAGGAGCGUAUACGGGAGGCAGCCGGCUCAGUUUCUUUGCAACACGUGCUCACGGACCGCGUUCCGCCAGCCGAUCGGGUUCACGCGCGUCUGUGGCAUCUUGCGAACGAGCUAUUACAUCAGAUCUUUGUUUACAUGUACACACAAGACGAACAGUCCUUGUCACAUGAUAUAUUGCUCUUACCGGACCUAAUACCGAACAGCACUCUUCUUCUACUUCUAAACAUUGUGCACCAAUUAUAAACAGUUCUUCACUCCUGCUGUGACUUUACUUUUGAAAGGAAUCGUAUAGAUGCCCUCGCCUGCCGAUAACAGUUUCAUUUCAUGAAAAAAGGAAUUAUGAACCUGAUAAGGCACUGAUAACCGCGCCGGCUGCUCGCUCCCUUGUUCCCCUCUGUUUUUUCUUCUCUCCCGACCGACCGACAGGCUAAUUAACCCACAUUAGAGCCGCCUCACGCUCACCUCCCAACUCGGCUUACCUUGACAUUUGAACUAAUUGCCCAGAUCAUAGUAAGGGAGGCACAAUGCCGAAAGCCGCUAAUGAAUCCGCGUUUGCUCCGCUCUCCCUUCUAAUCUCCUAUUUUUCAGUGCUCUCCGCCGGCAGCGACAAGACGGUAUUCCUCGGGGAACUCGAUUUGGAUGAUUACUGA